AUGGACAAGUCGACCCUCCCUUUCGACUCGGGGUUCGAUUUCGUCCUCACGAUGGCUCUACAAGAGCCCAAGUAUGACAGAGACUUCGUAAAACUCUCUAAUGCGCCGACGAAGGUUCCAAUGUAUCUGAGUGACCUUCCAUAUGAACCCACGACCGUGUGUUUGUCCAAGAGCAUCAUUGCUGCCUUCAAGGAGGUGCAGCAGACAAUGCCGCUUGACCUUGCACUAAGGCUCAAGCAGGCUGUCAUGCAGACGAUGAAAACCACACCGAAUAUGGGAAGUAUCGGCAAAACCAAAGUUAGCAGCAUGAUGCCAUACCAGCGAUUGGCCGGAGAGCAUGGCAUCGAAAAGCAAGUUGGCUAUCCAGACUGGUUUUUCAUGGCUGCCUGGCUGGGCCCAGGGCAUCCAUUUCUCGAAGACAUUCGCAAAGACAUGUCAGAUGUCUGGGGCGUAGAGUUUCCGACCGACGAGAUCAUUUAUCCCAUGAUCAUGAACCGCGAAACCGAAGUGAGGCUUUUCAACGGAGAAAUUGCCCCUAUACCUAAUGAAGACUCCAUCGAGGAGCGAGUAAAGACAAUCAAGAAGACGAUCAACGAGUCGCCUGUCAACGGUCUCAGCGCUGCUAUCAAAGACCAUCUUCCGGAUGCCUUCAAGGAUUUCGGCGACGCAAGCAAAGUGCACACUUUGGAGACCAGCCUCGCCUCAACAAACCGCGAACUGGAAGAUGCAAGAAAGAAAGUCAGCAACCUCGAGAAACAACUCAGCGAGGCCAAAACAUCACAAGCCCGCGCACAAGAGAAGACCAACAACGAACUACAGAAGACUAAGAGCGACAUGGAAACCCUCCGAAAGGAGAUCCGACAGCUCAAAGCUGCACAAGGUUCAACCGAAAACGUGAAGAAGGAUGUCGAAGCACUUCGGGUGACGCUCACCCAGCGAGUGACUAAUAUCCAGGCGAAAGUCGAGAAGGACAUGGGUACCUUGCGCAGUGAGGUAGCCAAGUCAGCUGAGAAGGCGGAAAAGGCAGUGGAGACUGGGGCCCUGGUUCUGAGCGUCCUGUCAAUUCCUGGAGGUCAGAAGCGAAAGAUGGAUGAGAUUUCUUGA